AUGGCCUCCUCAACGCUCGCUAAGCUUCUCAACAACAAGGAGGUCUCGCCCCUCCUCGUCAUCGAAGACUCGGUUCAGCAGUCCGCAUAUCCACUCCUGCGUGAAUGGGUAUUGACGAAAUCCUCGACGGCCGGGAGAGCAGCGAGGCAAGAACUCGUUGUUUGCUGCGUGGAACAUCCUCCAAAGAUCGUGAGAGAGAAGAUACUGGGCCAGGACGUCGAGAAAGCGUUCCCGUCGGCGACGUACAUCGACGUCGGUUCGAGCUGGUUAUGGGGGACACAGGUGCCGGCACAGGAUGCGAUCACGACGAGCUUUGAGAAGCUGGGUGAUGUGCUGCAUGAGCAACUGCGCGCUGAUGUCAAGACAACGGUAGUCUUUGAAGGAGUCACUGAGAUUCUUUCGCAUCAAACCUUGAGCGCCUUUGCAAGAUUCAUGAAGCGGAUUGCCGCAAUGGCGAAUGAAACCCACACCUUCAUCUUCCCCUUCCACAGCGACGCCGCCCUCUCCUCCUCCACCUCUCCCACCUCCCCAACCCUCACAACCCUCCUCUCCCAAGUCAGCACAACCUUCCUCACCAUCCGCCCUGGCAAAGACUUCGGCGUGACCUUCGCCGACACGCCCGGCCCCGAACCCGACGUGUUCAAACCUGUCGACGCCCACUCCCACGCCGGCGUGCUGUGCGAGGUGCUGCAUAAGAAGAAGAGUGGGAAGAUAUUGAGGGAGGUUGUGGGGGUAAGGUUUGUUGGGGUGGAUGGUCGGGAUGGUCCUGCUGGACGGACGGUGAGGGGGGAUCAUGCGAGGUGGAAGGUGAUGACGAUUGAGGAGUUGGGUGGAUGGAGUGCGACGACGGCGCCGGCGCGCUUGGACCAGGCGGCGGCGAAACAGGCGGAUGAGCCGGACCCAACCGCCAACCUUUCCUUCAACCUCCGCCUCACCGACGAGCAGCGCUCAGCACGGUCCGAGGUCGUGCUUCCGUACCUGCACGCCCAACAGCUAGACAGCCCAUUAACAUCACACCAAACAUCAAACUCGUCGGCAGCAGCCCCGCCAUCUUCGACGGGGAUGAUCUACUAUGACGAUGAUGACUAUGAUUCGGAUGACCCGGAUGCUGACCUGGAUAUUUGA